CAACGGCGAUGCCGUCUGUGCGCGUAGAUCUGUAGUGUUCAGGCCGAUCCACAGCAUCUGCUGAGAUCCUGUUCUUGACCGGACACUCCCGUCUACCUAGGCCGCCCUUGGAGAGCGGAAGCCCGCUGCGCCCUUUUGAAAAGUGCACACAGACAUUCCGUGAUGUGUAUACGUCUUACUUCUUACGAUGCUGCGCAACAGAUCAGCCGCUUCAGUUUUGCAGAAGACAUACGAUGAAAGCUACCUGACAUGCUCCACUGCUGUCUAUUACGAAGGCCAGGGCAAUGAGGAUGAGGCUAUGCGAUGCUGGAAACAGGCACUCGAGCAGAUCUAUGACCAGCAAGCAAACAAAAUCUUGCCAGCCUUCACCCCACGUUCCGAGACGGAGAAGGCGCUGGUGGACAGUCUUCGGCAACUCGAGGUACAGUGCAAGGAACGAAUUGAUCUUCUAGAGGCCCUGCGUCUUUCGCGCCUCGAAUCUCUCGAGCAUGACGCUACACCAUCCGCGUCACGUUUGUCACCGUUGCCGAACCCUUCAGACCCCCCCAAGGGCUGGAUAGGUGACGGAACAAUCCCAGCCGUAACCUAUACAGACCUUUCCCGACCAACUCCCGCCAAGCGACCCUUUGUAGGGACUAGGUCCAUCUCAGAACAUACCAUGCCUACACCCGGGCCUUCUGCCGAGGUGCGUACGCCAGGCGGGGAGUUUCCCUUUGCAUGCACACGACCAGUGUUACCGUCGCCACCGUCGGCGUCAAGGCCUUCGCUCGAGGAGGGAACAUCGUCAGGGACACGCAGCCCCGAGAAGCAUACCAUGCGCACAACCCUGCGGACCGGACGUUUGGGAGACAAGAGAACUAGCCAUCGCCAGACGCCUCCAACCUCGGUUUCAGAACGCCCUGGUGCCAGUAAGGCAGCCUCGCUUGCCUGGAGCUAUCUUGGGAAAAGAGAAAGAUCGAGUCCGUUAGGGAGUGCCAGCGGUAAUAGUGGGGGAACUGGCACCACUGAUCAGACGAGUUCGGUACCGCCCGCAAGCUCUCCCUACUUAGUGGAAAGGCGACGUCAAAGUCCAGCGUUGGCAGGCCGGCAGCAGCAAUGGGACACGCAUACCAGGCGAUUGGUCAUGGGUCGUCCUCGGAGCCAAUCCAAACCGCCUCAUGCACGGCCUACUCCGGAAUCAUCGACACCCUGCCGUUCUGAUGACCAUACACACACUCGCCAAUCCUCCUUCACCAUCAGCGCUGCUGCCGCAUCAAGUGCACUCAACUCAUUGACUUUGAGGGAUAACAACGAGCGCUCGCCGUUGGAAGGGGGGGAAGGACUCCGGCUAAGAACCGCUCCGUUACAGACACCAAGGAGGAGGCCUCUGCCUGCGACGGGGAACACGGAUGAGGAAGACACUGCAUACUCUGCGAAAGGAAGCGCAACAACGACCAGAAAAUCGAACAGAAAGAUGUCCGAUCCAACGCUGGCCCACCGGAAGCCCAUCAGCCGAACUUCUUACCUAACAAGCACGGCAAGGCCUGCGUCCGGCAGAUCAGCAACGACACAAGAUGUUGAUACACCUCGGAUGAGCGCUAAGGCAAGGGGCAAAAAGCUUGAACAAGUCCCAAUUUCGUCAAGUUCUGAGGAUUCUGAACAUGAAACUCCCCGACGGCCGACAACAAGACAGCACCUAAGACAAAGACUGAAGCAGAGGGAUGUUUCCCUAGUUGCCGAUACACCGGCCCACAACUCCGAAAGCCAAGAAUCUGAAGGCAACGAUGGGGCGGCUCAACAAAGGUCAGAAGCUGCCAAGUGGAACAAGCAAAAGGCAAAGAUAUUGCGCCGUCUUCCUCCAGGGGUUGAUGAACAUGCUGCGAAACAGAUUCUAAAUGAAAUCGUCGUUCAGGGUGAUGAAGUUCACUGGAAUGACAUAGCCGGCCUCGAGGUAGCCAAAAAUGCACUUCGGGAGACCGUAGUUUAUCCUUUUCUACGACCGGAUCUAUUUAGGGGUCUUCGCGAGCCGGCCAGAGGCAUGCUGCUUUUUGGGCCACCGGGAACAGGAAAGACUAUGUUGGCGCGCGCAGUGGCCACGGAGUCCAAAUCUACCUUCUUCUCCAUCUCUGCUAGUAGUCUGACAAGAACAAAGGAAAACGGCACCGAUGAUAAUGUGAACAGAGUCUUGGUGCUUGCCGCCACGAAUCUCCCGUGGGCUAUCGACGAGGCUGCAAGGCGACGAUUCGUGAGGAGACAGUAUAUCCCACUUCCCGAAGCAGAUACAAGAGCAAUUCAGUUCAAAACGCUCCUCAGUCAGCAAAAGCAUACACUGACCAACGAGGACAUCAAUGAGCUUGUGGAUAUGACCGAUGGAUUUUCCGGAUCCGAUAUCACAGCGUUAGCUAAAGAUGCGGCCAUGGGUCCUUUGCGGUCUUUAGGUGAAGCGUUACUACAAACGACCAUGGACCAAAUACGCCCAAUAGAGCUGAAGGAUUUCGUCACCAGUCUGGCUACCAUUCGGCCUAGCGUUAGCAAGGCAAACCUGAAGUUUUAUGAAGAUUGGGCAAGAGAUUUUGGAGAAAGAGGCGGUUAGUGAGGGAGUAGGCCACGAGGCGACGAAACAGAGUAAGGUACUCAGGCUGUCAGGGAAUGCGUAAUGUCUGGGUCUGGCAAGCCUGUAGCAAUCACAUCAAAGAAGGGUAUUGCUCGUUGAUACAAAUCAAAGAGUGUGACAGGCAUCACAACCAUAGGUAUCUAUAAGCUGGCAGGGCAAGGAGCAGAGCGGAAAAGUAACGGUGCGCAUUCGGAAAGCACCCAUAUGUGGCAGCAAAGAGGGCGGAGGUGAUCGUAGUCCAUCACACAGCAAUCCAAGGAGAAUUCCGCUUUGCUGACCAAAUAAAUCGUUCAGCGCGCAUUGAAGUUGGUUUG